GAUGUUUAAGUGAUACUUGACUUUGUUUUCAGAGCUCGUGGAUGGAUUAUUUUCGAAAAAAUAAACCCAGACCAAUGAGUGAGUGCUUCAACUACGCCGUCAUGUUUGAGCCCAAGGAGUCAGAAACCGAAGAGCAGCCGCAGCACUUUCAGCCGCAUCAACCGCAGCUGCAUCAACCGCAGCCGCAUCAACUGCAGCAGCAUCAACUGCAGCUGCAAAAUCUGCAGCAGCAUCAACUUCAGUUGCAUUAUCUGCAGCAGGAGCUGCAUCAACUGCAGCAGCAACUGCAACAUCAACAGCUGCAGGAGCUGCAGCAAUGGCCGUUACAGAAUCAGUGGCCAGGACAGCAGCUGCUCCAAGAAGAGCAGCAGGAGCAGCAACUGCAGUUGAUGCAUAUGCACCUCGAGCUGCAGCUAGUGCAGCAACAGCUGCUGCAACAGCUACAGAGAAAACUGCAAGAACUGCAUGAAGGAUGGUGGCAGGAGCAAGAAGCAAAAAAUGAUACGCCGGCAGCAGGUGCUAUAUGA